AUGACUACCUAUACUAUCAAUGAGGGAGAUCUCAACAUACUCAAGGGCAAGACAAUUCUCCUAAUCGGUGGAUCCACUGGCAUCGGGCGCGCAGCAGUCCAGAUUGCACUAGACUAUGGGGCCAACGUUGCGCUCGGUGACUGGAACGAAGAUGAAGGCCGUAAGGUCUUAGAGCCGUUUGGCGAGCGGGCACUGUUCAGAAAAUGCGAUGUUAGCAACUGGGAUGACGUUCUCAGUCUCUUCGAAGCGGCGCAUGCCCAAUUUGGUGUGAUCAAUAGCGUGCUGUCCAACGCAGGUAUCAACACCCACGAAGGUCUUCUCAGAGACGAAUUUGAUACCGAGACUGGGAAAUUGCAACCGCCAGACCUCAAGUCAAUCCAAGUCAACUUCAUCGGCCACUUAUACGUGACCAAAUGUGCAAUGCAUUAUUUUGGCAAGCACCCCGAGGUACCAUGUCAACUCGUCCUAACGUCUUCUGCGGGCGCAUUUUUCCCAGCACCACCUAUCUACUUGUACUGCGCAGCAAAAUCCGGCAUACUGGGCUUGAUGCGUUCACUUCGUUCCGAGGUCAUCAAGAAGAACGUCACGGUCAAUAUUGUGGCGCCAUGGCUCACCGUGACACCCAUGCUACUGGAUGAUUGGUUGGCAGGAUGGACCCUACCUAAGAAUACCGCUGAGGGCGUGGCUCAAACUCUGUUUCUUCCAAUUGUGCGAAAUCAGAUCAAUGGCAAAUCAUUCUUUGUGGCGGGCGACGAAGCAUAUGAAUUUGAAGAUACGUUGUUUGAAACGGAACCUUCAUGGAUGGGCGAGAGAUUAUGCCGGGACGUGCGCAAAGGGCAGGAAAUCCUGUUGGGCUUGGGUGAAUAA